AUGACCGACCCUCGCACCGGCUCUCGCUGGAUCCUGGGCGACAAAUUCGACGAAGUCCAUCCCCACCUCGAAUCCAUCGAUGCCCUCUGGAACAAGAAGUGGAAGUUCCCCUGCGAGCGCAGCCUCUACCCCUUUCACGACGGCAAAUAUGAGGACUUUGCCCCCAUCUUCGAGGCGCUGAUCAAGAAGGGCAUCCACGAUGGCUACAGCGUGGAGUACACCAAAGAAUUCUUGCCAACCUGCGAGCGGCUGGUGAAGAACGCGGAUAAGUUGAAUGAGGAGGGGAAGAAGCAGGAGGCCAUUGAUAUGUAUCUGCGUGCUUGUGCGGUGUACAGGAUAGCAAGGUUCCCUUACAUCAACAGCGAUGUGAAAACAGCGGCAUAUGAGGCACAGAAGACUGCCUAUCUAAAGGCCGCCGCAUUGUUUGACGUUCCCAUCAAGGACGUCGUCAUCCCGCACACCGCUGGCACGGACAAGGACGAGGGGAAGGAGGUGCCACUUUAUGUCAGAAUACCAAACGGCGCUUCCAGAUCCAAGCCGUCACCUGCCGUCAUCCUCAUGUGUGGCCUUGAUGGUCACCGACCCGACAAUACCGUGCGAUCCAAUGAAUUCCUGGCGCGUGGGUGGGCAUCUGUCAUCGUGGAUAUCCCUGGCACCGCCGAUUGUCCCGCCGAUCGACGUGAUCCCACAUCCGCCGACCGCCUCUGGACCAGCAUCCUGGACUGGAUGGAGAAGGAAGGCGUCUUCGACAUGAAGAGGGUCAUGUGCUGGGGAGUGUCUGCUGGAGGCCACAAUGGCAUCCGCGCCGCACACACCCAUGCGAGUCGCCUCGCUGGCGCCGUCGGGCAAGGCGCCGGUACUCAUCACUUCUUCAGCCGGCCCUGGUUGGAGAAGGCGAAAGAUCACGAGUACCCAUGGACUGCGCUGCCGGCCCUCACCGCAAAGUUCGGCUAUAAGAGUGAAUCCGAGUUCCUCGACAAUGCACAAAAGGACUUCUCGUUGGUAGAACUCGGGAUUGUCAAUCAACCGUCGUGUCGCCUGUUGUUGGUCAACGGCACACAUGAUGGCCUCAUGCCCAUUGAAGACAGUAUGUUGAUGAUGGAGUAUGGUUCGCCGAAGGAAGCCAGGUUCUUCACAGGCUUGCUGCAUAUGGGCUAUCCUCCGGCGAAUGCCAGCAUCUAUCCGUGGAUGGAGCAGGUGAUGGCAUCCGCAACCUGA